AGGUGCCGUCGCGGGGGUCGACAUUAGUUAGGACCCGACCCACUGCUGGGGGUGGGGUCUGGUGGGGGUGGUAAGGAGGCCCCGGGAUUCUCUGACAGGACAGUCUGGGGUCGCCGCAGCUCCCCUCACCUUGUCCCAUCCUGGGAUUGGAAAGGAACAACAGGAGGCCGUCGCCUUCCUGCCCAGCCCUUCAGGGAGCGCAGCUGGGACGCCGCGCCAGGCCCUGGAGAUGCGGGAUGAUGGGCACUUCCAGUAUCAUCUCAGCAUCGGCCCUCCAGCCAGGCCUGAUAAACUCAUCCUGAAAGUCGCUGUUCUUCUCCUGCUGAGCAAGAAUGGAGGCCCCACUGGUGAGUCUGGAUGAAGAGUUUGAGGACCUUCGACCCUGCUGCUCGGAGGACCCGGAGGAGAAGCCCCGGUGUUUCUAUGGUUCAUCUCCCCACCAUCUCGAGGACCCCUCCCUCUCCGAGCUUGAGAAUUUUUCUUCUGAAAUAAUCAGCUUCAAGUCCAUGGAGGACCUCGUGAAUGAAUUUGAUGAGAAGCUCAAUGUCUGCUUUCGGAACUACAACGCCAAGACCGAGAACCUAGCUCCCGUGAAGAACCAGUUACAGAUCCAAGAGGAGGAGGAGACCCUUCAGGACGAGGAGGUUUGGGAUGCUCUGACAGACAAUUACAUCCCUUCACUCUCAGAAGACUGGAGGGAUCCAAACAUCGAGGCUCUGAAUGGCAACUGCUCUGACACUGAGAUCCAUGAGAAAGAAGAGGAAGAGUUCAAUGAGAAGAGUGAAAAUGAUUCUGGUAUCAACGAAGAGCCUCUGCUAACAGCAGAUCAGGUAAUUGAGGAGAUUGAGGAAAUGAUGCAGAACUCCCCAGACCCUGAGGAAGAAGAGGAGGUUCUGGAAGAAGAGGAUGGAGGAGAAACUUCCUCCCAGGCAGACUCGGUCCUCCUGCAGGAGAUGCAGGCGUUGACACAGACCUUCAACAACAACUGGUCCUACGAAGGGCUGAGGCACAUGUCUGGGUCUGAGCUGACCGAGCUGCUGGACCAGGUGGAGGGUGCCAUCCGCGACUUCUCGGAGGAGCUGGUGCAGCAGCUGGCCCGCCGGGACGAGCUGGAGUUUGAGAAGGAAGUGAAGAACUCCUUUAUCACGGUGCUUAUUGAGGUUCAGAACAAGCAGAAGGAGCAGCGAGAACUGAUGAAAAAGAGGCGGAAAGAGAAAGGGCUGAGCCUGCAAAGCAGCCGGAUAGAGAAGGGGAACCAGAUGCCUCUCAAGCGCUUCAGCAUGGAAGGCAUCUCCAACAUUCUGCAGAGUGGCAUCCGCCAGACCUUUGGCUCCUCAGGAACUGACAAACAGUAUCUGAACACAGUCAUUCCUUAUGAGAAGAAAGCCUCUCCUCCCUCAGUGGAAGACCUGCAGAUGCUGACAAACAUUCUCUUUGCCAUGAAGGAGGAUAAUGAGAAGGUGCCUACUUUGCUAACGGACUACAUUUUAAAAGUGCUCUGCCCUACCUAACCUUGCCCUUUGGAGCAGCCUCGCUGCAGGAGGUCACUGAGCAAGAGUCAUUCCAUCACAGGGACUGCAUGACACCACGUAACCUCCGACAUGUAUUUAAACGUGUAUAGCUUAACCAGGAUUAAACAUGAGCAAGCGCGCGGGGUCCUUUGCCGUUGGCUUCUAGUGCUAGUAAUCAUUGGAUGCAUGAUGGGGCAGGGCCGGUGAUGGUGCCUCCUCCUUGCUGGUGUCAGAAGAGGGGAAGGCAGCCGCUUUCACCACUCAUUAUGUAGUCUGGCUCCAGCCCUCAAAAACAGCUUAUACUCUAAGACUAAUUUUGAAAUAAAACCUUCAUUUAAUUAAUA